GAAGUCGUGGCAGGCGCGUCAUACCCGUAUCCGUAUCGUGCAACAGAUCACUAUCAUGAUGGGCUGCGCCGUCUUACCCCAUCUUCGUAAUCUCGUGGCCUGCAUUGCGCACGGUCUGCAGGAUGAGCAGCAGAAAGUGCGGACCAUGACUGCACUCGGGCUUGCCGCCCUUGCUGAAGCAGCCACGCCCUACGGUAUCGAGUCCUUCGAUGAGGUACUGAAGCCUCUCUGGCUUGGUAUUCGUCUGCAUCGCGGCAAGGGUCUUGCUGCCUUCUUGAAGGCUAUCGGUUUCAUUAUUCCCCUCAUGGACCCCGAGUACGCAUCCUACUACACCAAGGAAGUCACAGUCAUUCUCAUUCGUGAAUU